AUGUCAGUACCAAAAGCGGUAACCCCAAGCUACACUCAGGCUUACCAUGAGGUGCUGCAUAUUGAGUCCCUGCAGAGCUUACCUUGUCCUUCGCUCCCACGAUGUGUCCCCUGCAGCGUCCCCGGCCAUCUCCUCCAGCUGAUGCCGACAUCCGGCUCCUGUGUUCCGGUCCCUGUGACGUCGGGACGUACGGGCUCCGGCGGCGGCGGGAAAUUUGAAAAUUUAAAAAAAAUUUCAUUUUUUUUCAAAACGAUUUUACAUAUGCGUUGUCCUGUGCCCUGCCUGCAUUUUGAAUGUUCCUUC